GACUCAAUAUUAUUAACAAAUACAUACACAGUUAUCUGUGAACUGGAUGCAUGUUACAAAUGUAUUUUACUAUCCACGAACAAAUGUCUUUAGAUUUGAAUAUGUGAAAUUCAGAAUUUGAAUGAACGUGUAUCGAUUUGUACAAAUGUACAAAUACAAAUGUUUUAUUGUGUAUUCAAAUAUCAUAAUUUGCGCCUGCAAAAAGGGAGAUGUGCAUUUGUGGAUCAGGUGACACGCGUGCAUUAAUCCCGUUCUGUUCAUUUGUAUAUUGAGACUUUCAUUUCGCCGUUUAAAGCAUUUUAUGAGCCAAAUACAAACAACUAUCAAUGAAUGAACUAAAAAUAUGUCUUUGAUUUUGUGUCUGCAAAUUUUAAUAUUUACGUGAAUGUGCAUCGAUUUGUACAAACAGAGACAUAUUUGUGAAUUCAGUUGGCAUAUUUCGUAUCAUUAGAUCACAAUUUGUGCACGCAAAAAAGAGGAUGUGCAUUUGUGGAUCAGGCGAAGCGCGUGCAUUCAUCCUGUUCUGUUCAUACGAGUUUUGAGACUUUAAUUGCGUGGUUUGGCAUUGAAAGAUCCACACGCACAGCUGUGCCUAAGGCAAGCAGUCACCACUAGGUGGCAGUCUUGCAGAGUAUCACACAUGCCGGAAAUCAGUUGCUCAGGUUUUUUUUAUUGGCCAGUUGCUAGUAUUGAACCGCCAAGCUGACGGUGAGUACCAAUUACAGUUAGGAUCUUAAUUAAAACUAUUUUAGCAAACAAGUGUUGGCCCUGGAUUUUCACAAUUUAUAUCUUAAAUAAAUCAUGUUUUCAUUCGUAACUUGUGAAAUAUUGUAUUAACAGUUACUUAUACACACUUUAAAGAAGUCACACUGCUAAAAGUAUAAAAAGAGCAACAAGCCAUGGCUGGACAACAAGUUCCAACGACGGCUUCUGGGAACACUGUACAAACUAUGGCUCAGGCUCUAGUAACAGCCAUCUCUAGGGAGUUGUCAGCUGGUCACAGCACCCCUGUUUCUACAUCAGUCAGACCUCCAUAUCCAUCCCUCAACACCACUACUCCCUCUAGCAAUAGCACAGUCCUUCAUUCCAACACCAUCACUGACACCUCUGCCAAAGUGAACGAGGCUUUAAAAAGACAGUUUCCCAAUAUGUUUAAAUCAAAAACUGAAGCAAAAAAAGGCAAAGGUCGGUUUGCUCGGACAGUUCCUAUCAAGUGCACAGAACUCACAGUUUGUGUCUUACCAGCACCCACAACUGUCACCCCGAAGUCUACUGUAGAACUGCAGCUGACUCAGGCAGGGUUAGGAAAAAAAGCUGUGUCAGUACCCGAGGACUACAAACAUGAAGAUAUAGUCACAAUUAUGGAGGAAGAAUUCCCAAAACUUCGUCCAAUUCAAGGGAGGUGGAUGCUCUACAAAGCAACUGGAGGAAGUGGCCAAAGAAAAUUGUCUUUAGUCACAAUGGACUCAGAGGGUUACUCUGGUCGGCAACUACGGUCUGUCUCAAACAGUGGCAAAAAUAUCCUUUUUCUGGUACCCCUUCAGGAGGAGAUGGACACUCAGCCUCUUCCCUACAAUUCAGCUGAAUUUUCAAAGAUGCCUAAGGUCCCCUGUGUCACAUGUAAUACCACCAUGCCACUGCAAAUGUUGGCACUACAUGCUGAGGAAUGCCAACUUAAUUCAAAUAAGAAUGAUAUUGUCAUUGUGGAGAACGAAAGUGAAGAUGAUAACACAGAGGAGGUGGUCACAAACACAGCUGAAACCAAAACACUUGAAGACAGCCUUGGGAUGUGCCCUAUAUGCCAGAAGGAGUUACCGAUGUCAGUUCUACCUUAUCAUUGUAGCUUAUGUGCUGACAGAUCAUUCUCUAAUGACAAGGUGUCGGAAGAUGACAUUGAACAACCAGGGCCAUCAUCUACAGCUCGAAUGUCUACUUCUUCAGAACAAUUAAACGAAGAAUGGAAAACUGUGGAAAACCCUCAGGAGGCUGUCCGGCUAUUUCUUGAGCAGUUGCGUGAAGGGGGUAAAAGGCAGCCCUCACUUUUGCUGUCACUAGAUGCUAGAGAUACUGAUGAGGAAAGGGACAGGUCCCUCAUUUCAUUCUACAAACAAAGACGUGAAAAGCAGCAGUGGGCCGCUCCAUUCAGCUGUCAUAUUCAAGGUGAUGCUGCAAUUGGCAUUGGUGUGACUAGACAUAUCCUGUCAACAACCAUUGCUAAAUUAAAACAUGGAUUUAAACUGAACUGUGGAAAUGCAGCUGAGACAACUUUGUUUGAAGGAGAAAUUGACCAUCUUUUGCCCACUGCAUCAGCAGUACUCCUUGAGAGUGAUCUUUUGGUCAUGGCUGGAAGAAUGAUUGGUCACUCGUUAAUCAAUCAAGGUCCUGCUUUAUCAGGGCUAAGCCUGGCAAUAGUUUAUUCUUUGACAAGUGGGACAAAGGACACAGCCACCACAAAGCUCUGUUUGGAGGACUGCCCAGACAUCGAACAAAGGGAGACAAUUAGACUACUUCUGAAAGACGAAUGGACUGAAGAAGAGACCUCAAGAGUGAACAACCUGUGUUUGGAGUGGUACUUUACAGUGCCAAACAAGACGACUAACAAGAUGUUGCUCUUCCAACAGCUUCUCAGUCAUGCUGUAAUACAUAAGUAUAUAUAUACACAUAUAUAAUGUGUAAGCAGUAAGGUACAAGAGGCUGUGCUGUAUCUUAAAUCACAGCUGAAAGGCGUUGUUAGGCACAGUGAGCACU